AUGGCAACGCUGCCGAAGAAGACAGUCUUGAUCACGGGCUGCAGCACAGGCGGCAUCGGCUGGGCAAUGGCCAAGAACUUUCACCAGCGAGGGUUCUACGUCUUCGCCACGGCGCGCAAUCCCUCGAAGACCGCCGAUCUCACCGAGCUAAGCGACAUCGAGAUCCUCGAGCUGGACGUGACCGUCCCGAAGACCAUCGCGCAGUGUAAGGACAUAGUCACGAAACGAACGGGCGGGAGCCUCGAUGUCCUAGUGAACAACGCCGGCGUCGAAUUCAACAGCCCACUGCUAGAUACCGACGUUGCCGAGGCGAAGAGGCUGUACGACGUCAACGUCUGGGGCCCUCUUGCUAUGGUCCAGGCGUUUGCUCCCCUGCUUAUCGAGGCCAAGGGAGUUGUCUUCAACCAGAGCUCCAUUGACGGGGCCUUGAACAUGGUGUGGGCGGGCAUUUUCGCCAGUUCCAAGUCCGCCGUGGCGCGCAUGUCGGAAACCCUGCGGGUCGAGCUCGAGCCACUGGGCGUGCGCGUCGUGACGUCCAUGUGCGGGUCCGCCGACACGCCCAUGUUCGGUAAGCCCGGUGGUCCCAUGGGCCUACCCGAGACGUCGUACUACCACGGCGUCCAGGACGCGGCGUGGAAGGAGCGGAUGGACCACCAGCGCCAGGCCAUGAACGUCGAUGUGCUCGCCGAAAAGUUGGUCAAGGACAUCCUCAGCGGGGCUAGGGGCGUCAUCUGGCACGGGGCGUUUGCUCCGUUAGUGCGGUGGGCGAGCUGGUUGAACAUUACGUGGUUGGUGGAUAGGUUGGUCAACUCGGCACGAGGCUUGAGUCAGGUCAAACGGUGCUAG